AAACGGAUCGUGCACGAAAUCAGUUUGACACGUAGGCAUGGUAGGAACAGAUUUCUCAAGCUAUUUGUGCAAAUAUAUCGUUCAGUUAACCAGAGCAGCAUAUUUUGGGACGAGCUGUUCGAAAGAACGUGACAUCCAGGAACUUGAGCACAUAUGGCAGCGUGCAAAGCAUUUCAACCAUAGACUGAUCGUGCGUGUAUACAGUCUAUGAUUUCAGCAGGUCAAAGAGAAAAACCGGAGAUAAGACAGACAGGGUAUGGACAUAGCAACUGGAGCUGAAGAAAGGGUCAUAACUCCCCAAGCAACAAGCUUUCAGGGAGAUGAGGAUGAAGAAGAAUCUCCUGGUGUCUAUCUUAGUGUUCUAGCACAGAAAGAACAAGUGGGGCUGAGUUUUUAUGACAGCAGAGACUACGUUCUGCACUACAUGCCUGAUGUUGCUGAUAACAACCUCCAGAUACUGAGUAAAGUGAUACAAGAAGUGAGUCCCAAGGUAAUCAUCACAAGUGCCAAACAAGAAUAUAGCAUUGCUCAGUUUAUCAAAAAUCUAGGGUGUAACCCAGAUUAUAAACCUGAGGUGGUUGUUUACCUUAAUUCUGACUUUGGGAGAACCUGCAAUGCCACAUCUGGUGCACUGAUAUCAGCAAUCUCAGGACCUGAAGUUGGAAAACAGAGACUACUGGCAGCAAACCUACCCUUCCUUUCCCCUGCCAUGACAGAGAAGGAGAAAAUGUCCUUUCUCUCCUCCUGUCUCAGCUUUGACUCUGUCCUUAUGCUCCGGACAGUAGGUGCUCUUUUGAAGUGUCUAGACAGACGUAGAGUGGGUGUUGAGCUUGAAGAUAGCAGUGUGGGUGUGCCCAUUCUGCAGUUCCGCAUGUACACACUAAAUGACAUGGUCUACAUCGAUAGAGAUACAUAUAGUGUUCUUCAGAUCUUCAAAUCCGAGUUGCAUCCAUCGGUGUAUAAACUCCAGUCGGGUGAGAAAGAAGGACUCAGUCUCUUUGGAAUUCUGAAUCGCUGUAAAUCUAAGUUUGGUUCAAAAUUGCUACGAAAGUGGUUCUUGCAGCCCACACGUGAUAUUACUGUUUUACAUCGAAGGCAAGAGGUUGUGCAAUUCUUCACAACUCCUCGUAACUUAGACACAUUCAGGAUUCUGCAGAGCUGUCUGCGCAACAUUCGGAGCAUUCCAACACUACUGCAUAGAAUGGCUCUUUCACAUACAAAAGUUAAUGACUGGCAGUCACUCUACAAGACGGUAUACAGUGCUGUUUGCAUCAGAGACACUGUACGCUCAUUACCUCAGUCCAUCAAACUGUUUCAGGAGAUUAGUGCUGACUUCACAGAUGAUCUGUUCUACAUUGCUUCUCUCAUCAGCAAAGUGGUUGACUUUGAGAGCAGCGUGGCUGAAAACCGCUUUACCAUCAAGCCAAAUGUCGACCCUGCUGUUGAUGAAAAGAAGAGAAGGAUGAUGGGACUGCCAGAUUUUCUGACAGAAGUUGCUCGCACUGAGCUGGAACACCUGGAUUCUCGUAUUCCCUCCUGUUGUGUUAUCUACAUACCUUUGAUUGGGUUCCUUCUCUCCAUCCCCCGACUGCCCAGCAUGGUGCAGAAAGAGGACUUUGAGAUUGAUGGGCUUGAUUUUAUGUUCCUGUCAGGAGAGCGUUUGCAUUACCGUAGUGAAAAAACCAAAGGCCUUGAUGAUCUGCUGGGGGACUUGCACUGUGAUAUCAGAGAUCUAGAAACAUCAGUGAUGACUCAGCUCCAGAAUGUGGUGCUGCAGCGCAGUAGCUGCCUUUAUAAGGUGCUGUCUCUGUGUGCUGAGUUGGAUUGCCUGAUAGCUAUGGCCCUGGCUUCUCAGGAGUACAUUUACAGCUGCCCCACAGUCAUGCCGCACAGUUCUAUCAGACUCAGCCAGUCCAGACACCCUUUGUUGGAAUUGUGCUGCCCAGUGUUUGUGUCUAAUCCGCUAGUGAGCUCUGACACUGAGGGAAAGGUGAAAGUACUGACUGGGCCCAAUUCAUCUGGCAAGAGUAUCUACCUCAAACAGGUGGGCCUCAUUGUAUUCAUGGCUCUGAUUGGAUCAGAUGUGCCAGCUAAAGAGGCAGAGAUUGGUCUGGUGGAUGGCAUUUUCACACGUAUGCAAAGCCGUGAAUCUGUAUCUGUAGGCCUCAGCACUUUCAUGAUUGAUCUCAAUCAAAUGGCAUACGCCCUGAAAGGAAGUACAGGAAACUCUCUGGUCCUCAUUGAUGAAUUUGGCAAAGGGACGAAUACGGUGGAUGGCUUAUCUUUGCUUGCAGCAUGUAUCAGUGACUGGCUCAAUAGAUCAGCAGAUCAGUGCCCACAUGUGCUCCUAGCCACCAACUUUCACAGCCUGCUGCAGCUUGACCUGCUGCCCUCCUCCCCACUGCUCUCCCUACUGACCUUUGAGACUGCCAUCGAUGGAGAAGACUUGGUAUUUCUUUACCAGCUGAAAGAGGGUAUCUGCCAGUCCAGCUAUGCAGCGAACAUUGCAAAGCUUGCUGGUGUCCCUACAGAGCUCGUGCACAGAGGCAUUGAGGUAUCAGAGCUCUAUAGAACAGGGAAGACCAUCAAACGCAUCGACCGGCCUACCAAUGAUCAGCAUAAUAUCAAAUGUCACAGUAUGGUGGAGAAGUUCCUCAGCCUGGACCUGGAAGAUCCUUCACUUGACUUACAGCACUACAUGAAGGAGGUGGUGUUACCUGUCUCUGAAUAUUAAGGAUGAUAUUUAACAGAAUCUUUUUUUGUUUUUACUUCUAACACAUUUGAAAAUCUUCAUAUGUUCAUAUGCAGUGUUUUUAUUCUCUAAAUUGUCCUAUGACUAUUCACUCAGUAGCAUUGCAAGUUGAUUUUUUUUUUUUUAUCUAUCAUCUAAAGUUAUACAUCUAAAAUGUAUAGCUUUUGUUGUUUGUUGGCAUCCCAAGGCUGCAGUUAAUUUGCAGUAAUUUGGUUCAAGAAAUUAAAUGAAAAUAAUACUUGAUAUUGGUGUUUUUCACAUCUAACUUACUGUACAUCUUGCUUACUGUAUAACCUUGGGAAGCUAGACUUCUUUUUCCAUUUCAUUGUAUACUGUAACAGUGUUUGCACCUGAAUCUGUGAUAUAGUUAGCCUGUGUUUCUUAAUGUUUGUGUAACGCUUGUGUGAGAUAAAUGUCAUU